UUCCGAUCUCUCGUGUGUUUGUCGCGCGGUAUCCCGAGCAAUCCCGAGGCAACGGGAAGCCGAGUUUGCUCCGGUCGAUAGGACUGAGGACAAGAUGCCGAAGAAGAAGACCGGACAGAGGAAGAAGGCCGAGAAGCAGAAGCUUCGGCAGAAGGAGAUCAGAGCUGCCAAGGAGCAGAUCGACUUAGCCAAAUUUCCUUGCAACUCCGUAAUGGAAUGCGACAAGUGCAAUAAGAAGCAAAAGAGCCGUGCCUUCUGUUACUUCUGUCAGAGUCUGCAGCGAUUACCCAUAUGCGCUCAUUGCGGCAAGAUCAAGUGCAUGCUGAAGACAGGUGACUGCGUGGUGCGUCACCCUGGGGUUUUCACCACAGGAUUGGGAAUGGUGGGAGCUAUAUGCGAUUACUGUGAAGCCUGGGUAUGCCACGGAAGACGUUGCCUUACGUCUCAUGCCUGCAUCUGUCCACUAAUGGACGCAGUUUGUCAGGAAUGCGAGAGAGGCGUUUGGGAUCAUGGCGGAAGGAUAUUCAAGUGCUCAUUUUGUGAUUGCUACUUGUGCGAGGAUGAUCAAUUUGAGCAUCAAGCAUCAUGCCAAGUAUUGGAAGCAGAAAGUUUCAAAUGUCAAUCAUGUAAUCGUUUGGGGCAAUACUCCUGUCUUAGGUGUAAGACAUGCUAUUGCGAGGAUCACGUUCGUAGAAAAGGUUUUAAAUAUGAGAAGAAUAAGGCUAUCCCUUGUCCAAAGUGCAGCUACGAAACGUCACAGACGAAAGAUCUAAGCAUGUCUACGAGAAGUCAUAAGUUUGGUAGACAAAACCAAGGUGGUCCAUCUGAAUCCGACGAUGAAAACGGAUAUAAUUAUGGAAAUCAAGAGUCUUGUUAUGGAACAGUUAGUUAUGCCAAUGAUAAUGAAGAUGAAGAUGAUGAUUACGACGAUGAUGAAGAUAUAGAAGAUGAUGAUGAUGACGAUGAUGAUAAUGAUGAUGAUGAUGAUGAUGAUGAUAAUAAUGAAUCGUUAAGUACAGAUGAAGAAAAGAAAGAUACCAAGACACAAACUCCAGACAGUAGUAAAAAUAAAACUUAACACUUAUUUACAGAUGUGUAAAAUAGCAGUAAUUGAAAAUAAAAUAUCAAUUAUCAAAAAGUUGAAUCACGCACAAACAUGUAGAAGAAACAUGAGAAUUCUUGAAGAGAGAUAAUUUAAAUAACUUUGUAAAAUACAAAUUAACAAAUUCUCAAGUAUUUAUACAUCCAAUAUGUACAAUAUUUAAAUUUAAUAGCCCAUUUAAAACAAAUAUAUAUGAGAGAUACCGCGAAUCGAAUAUCAAGCAAAAUAUAUAAGGAUAUACUGUUGAAUAAAGAAAUAAUCAUGAAGAAAUAAA